AUGGACCAAGAGAAACAGGCAAGCAACAUGAAGGUCGUGGGUGAAAGACGACUAAGAAGGAUCAUGAUAUCCGAGGCCGUUUUCAUGAUAUGGAAGCUGAGAUGCACACGGGUGAUCGGACACGCAGAAGAGAACUGGCAGCACAGCAAUACAGCGGUCAAACGACAAUGGAUCAGUGCAAUCAAUAAGCGACUAGAGAUCGAUAAAGAGAUGACGAAGAAGAAAUAUGGAAGGAGCGCAAUAGCCAAGAACACGAUCCUAGCCACCUGGACGAACACUCUACACGAAGAGACCGACCUGCCCGAAGAUUGGGUGAAUAUUAAUGGGUUUUUAAUCUUGGGAACGGGUAUCAACUCUUCUGGUUCUCUGGCACCCGUGAACGCACCAGUUGCUUCGGCUCAGCAAGAUGCCAUGCUGCGUGCCUUUGCGCAGGCACAACGAUCGCCAAAGGAGGUCGACUUCAUCGAGUUGCACGCGACAGGCACGUCAUCGGGAGACCCGACUGAGGCUAACUGGGUAGGCGUGCAGUUCAGACGCGAUGCAGAAGUUCUUGUCGGGAGUGUCAAGGGCAAUGUCGGACAUACCGAGAUCACCUCUUUUCUCUCGUCUCUAUGCAAAGUCUGCCAUAUAAUCAAGCAUGGUGUCAUCCCACCCACCGUCAAUUGCACCAUCCCGAACCCGGCCAUUCGAUGGGCAGAACACAACAUGCGCGUCCCCGUCGCACCGGAAGAACUACGAAUUCGCUCGCCUUCCGGUCGUGCCCUCAUAGCAAUGUCCAGCUCAGGAAUCGGAGGCGCAAACGGCCACUGCGUUAUAGAAGCCCAUCCCACCAACACCAAUGGCAUACCAAGUAUAUGGACGUGCAACAGGUCGAUGAUCCCGUCGCUCCUCAUCGCAGGCGGCUUGUCACCGCGAUCUGCGUCGGCUGUUGGUGAGACGCUCAAAAACAUCCCGGCCGACCGCGACUGCACUCGGGUCGUCCGUGCACUCGGUCGACGCGCACGCUCCAUGCUGUGGAAGGCAUACUCUGUCUUCUCAGAGGGACAGACUCCCCGCUUCUCGGAGCCUGUUCUCGUUCCCAAGGUCGCGCCGCAUAUCGUGUUCGUCUUCUCCGGACAAGGCCCUCAACACUGGAACACGGGCCGCGAGAUGUUCAGGACGUGCGCCCCCUUCCACGACACUGUUGUGGAUCUCGACCGAGUCUAUGCUCGUAUGACUGGCAAGUCGCUCAUCACAGAUAUCGGCCUUCUCGACGGGUCCGACGCGCGCGAUAGCCUGGGAGAUCUCUGGCCGAUCUCUGCCACCUUGCCUGCACUGACAAUCCUGCAAAUCGCACUUGUCGAUACCCUCCGUGCGAUCGGCGUGAAGCCGGAUGUCGUCGUCGAUCAUUCUGCGGGCGAGACGGGCCGGGCACGGUGUUGUUCCGAGGAAGACGGGAGCGGCCCUCGAUCUCCAUGA